AUGCUCCUUUCAACCAUUGGAUUCGGUGUGCUCUGGUUGGGUACUGUCAACGCGAACAAUCAAGAUGGCUCACCUUCGCAAUACGACUUUGUUAUUGUUGGGGGAGGUACCAGUGGACUCGUCGUUGCUAACAGGCUUUCUGAGAUGCGAGGUUUCACUGUGGCCGUCAUAGAAGCCGGGGACUCCGUUCUCAAUAAUUCCAAUGUUUCUACCGUUACGGGGUACGGAAAGGCGUUUGGAACCGAUAUCGACUGGACUUAUCACACCGAAGACCAAAAACAUGCGGGAGGAUCGAAGCAGAUUAUACGGGCCGGAAAGGCCGUUGGGGGCACAAGCACUAUCAACGGAAUGUCAUACACCCGAGCGCAGAAAGUCCAAAUUGAUUGCUGGGAGCAAGUUGGAAACAAGGGUUGGAACUGGAACAGCCUUUUUCCAUACUAUAAGAAAUCCGAACAAUUUCAGGUACCCACGCCAGACCAAAUUAACCAUGGUGCCGACUACUACAUUGACCAUCACGGGCAGAAUGGCCCACUCAAAGUCGGCUGGCCUAUAAGCAUGACGAACAGCAGCUUGCUACCCAAACUUGACGAAACGUUCCAGCAGCUAGGUCUUCCGUACAACCGGGAUGCCAAUGGUGGGAGCAUGGUAGGACUAACAGUCCAUCCCAACACCGUCGAUAGGGAGGCCAACGUUCGCCACGAUGCAGCCCGAGCUUACUAUUGGCCUUACCAAAAUCGUUCCAAUCUCAAAAUUAUAUCAAACGCAUACGCGAACAAGAUCAUCUGGGGACAGGAUUCGGGCAGCGAUGCAGUCGCGAAAGGGGUUGAGAUUACGGGUGUCGAUGGGGUUGAGACGAUCUACGCUACGAAGGAGGUCAUCUUAUCGGCUGGGUCCCUUAAAUCACCAAUGCUCUUGGAGCUGUCUGGCAUUGGAAAUCCUGAUAUUCUCGGCCAGUACGACAUUCCUGUCAAAGUGAAUAUCUCCACCGUUGGGGAGAACUUGCAGGAUCAGACGAACAACGGAUUCUCUUAUGAAGGGAAUGCGCUCUGGCUGGGUUCGCCGACUUUCUCGGCCUUGCCAUCAGCGAAGCAGAUCUUUGGAGGGAAUAUAUCUGCAAUUGCCUCUGUUGUCAAUUCGAGCCUCGUGGAUUAUGCAAAAUCUGUCUCAGAUUACUCCAAUGGCGCCGUCCAGGAAGCAAAUGUAUUGGCUGCAUUUCAACUUCAAUACGAUUUGAUCUUUAAAUCGCAAGUUCCAUAUGCGGAGAUAGUUUUGCUUCCUAUCGCGCGCUCUUUCUCCAGUGAAUACUGGCCUCUCCUUCCAUUCUCGAGGGGCAGUGUGCACAUUAAGUCCGCCGAAGGCUCUCAUUCACCUGCCAUCAAUCCUAAUUAUUUUUCCUUCGAACAAGAUCUGCACGCCCAUGCCGAUGUGGCUCGGUAUAUCCGCAAGGCAUUCAGUACUGCGCCUCUCAGCAAUCUUGUGGGGGAGGAACUUGCACCAGGACGGGUACUCGUUCCGGAAAAUGGGUCGGAUUCUACCUGGGAGACUUGGGUUAAGUCAAAAUAUCGAUCGAAUUUCCACCCUAUUGGCACUGCAAGCAUGUUACCACGAGACAAAGGUGGCGUUGUCUCCCACGAUCUGAAGGUCUAUGGGACGAAGAAUGUCCGUGUUAUCGACGCUUCCGUCUUGCCCUUCCAAGUUUGUGGCCACCUGACGAGUACUCUAUAUGCUGUGGCCGAGCGGGCAUCAGAUCUAAUCAAAAGUCGAUAUAUAUUCUGA